GCGCGUUCUCGCCGCGGGCUCGCGCUCGGAAGAGGGCGGCGGCGCGCGGGGAGCGGGAGGCGCGCGAGGCCGACGGGCAGAAGCCGUGAGCCGUGUAGCUGCACAGACCCGAAAGCCGCCACCGCUGCCGGGACGCUCGAUCUGAUUUGUAUACACUGUUUAACCACUGCUUACCUAAGACCUUCUGGAUCCAGACCAAGGGCUGCAGCUCAUUGAACUCCUCAGCACGAAGGAGGCUGCAGUCUUGAAUUCCCUGGUGGAGGACGGACUUCACCAUUCUUUGGUCUUGCCCCUCCGAUGAUGAAAGUGUGACUGACUGCUGGCAUCUUCAUGAGCUCCAGAGGUCACAGCACGCUCCCACGGACUCUCAUGGCUCCUCGGAUGAUUUCCGAGGGAGACAUAGGAGGCAUUGCUCAGAUCACCUCCUCUCUCUUCUUGGGCAGAGGCAGUGUGGCCUCCAACCGGCACCUCCUCCAGGCCCGGGGCAUCACCUGCAUCGUUAAUGCUACCAUUGAGAUCCCCAACUUCAACUGGCCCCAGUUUGAAUAUGUUAAAGUGCCUCUGGCUGACAUUCCUCAUGCGCCCAUUAGAUUGUACUUUGACACUGUGGCUGACAAGAUCCACAGUGUGAGCAAGAAGCAUGGGGCUACCUUGGUGCACUGUGCUGCAGGAGUGAGCCGCUCGGCCACCCUCUGCAUUGCGUACCUGAUGAAAUUCCACAAUGUGUGUCUAUUGGAGGCGUACAACUGGGUGAAAGCCCGGAGGCCUGUCAUCAGGCCCAACGUGGGCUUCUGGAAGCAGCUGAUAGACUACGAGAGCCAGCUUUUCGGGAAGUCAUCCGUGAAGAUGAUACAGACACCCUAUGGUGUCAUUCCAGACGUUUAUGAGAAGGAGUCCCGACACCUGAUGCCUUACUGGGGGAUUUAGUGCUGCCACAGCUGGCAUCCGCAGCCCCUCAGCAGCACCAGCAUCCGCCACACACAGUCUUUUUCCCCUCUUUCUCUGGUUCUCCCGCGAGUGUUUCUACACUGGGUGUUCGGGUUUAAGAGAUGUGGAGGGGAAACACAUACAUUGCUAGUAAAAUUUUUUAAAACUAGCAUUUUGAAAUAGCGAACAUGAAAAUCUUUAACUGGCCUUUAAUCCUUUAUAAGACCUGGAACAGUGUAGGAUACUGUUCCUGCUUUCUUUCUGGCUCCCAAGCCUUUUGGAGCCUUGGCAGGUGCAGGAGUCCAUUGCAAAGAUCCCCUUGGGCCCUGAUUAACCCUCUAGAGACCAGCUCAGUCUCUACUGGAUUAGCCUGGUCCUUUCUUUUCCUCUGUUAUUUAGCGAUUCUAUAAGUUAAGUUAACCAUUGUUAUUUAGUUGAUAAGUAAUUAUGAUGAAAUCUGUUGCAAAGACCCUCUUGAAAUCAGUGUGCCCUGGGAUUAUAUUAGCAUUAUUUUUAAUAAAUCUAUCUGCUUAACAUAA